AUAUCUGAUGAGCCAUCUGGAGAUGGUCCUGAACCCUCACCAGAUGAAAACGUGCAACAAGAAUCCUCGCCAGAUGAGCUCCAACUGGGGAAAGACUCUGAAUCUUCUCCUGAUGUUGAACUCCAAGAUGUUACAAAACCAUUAUCACAUGAUGCUGAAGAGCAAAGAGAUAGUAAGCCUCCAACGGAUGGAAUAGAACAAAGAGAAUCUUCGGCACGUCAGGUUCCAGAGGAUAAUAUUGAUACUUCAGCAAGUCAACGAGCAGCAGGAAUUGAUCCUAAACCAGAAGAUGGUGAGGCAACAGUAGAUUCACCUAGUAAAGAGGCACCUGUUGCUGGCAUUCCUUCAACAGACAGCCAAGAGCAAGAUAAAUCGGAAAUUCCACCUACGAUACCACCAGUCAAACCAUCUAGCUCGGCAGAAGAACGUUUAGAAGGACAGGCAGUACCAGCGGAAGCUUCAGCAAUAAAACUAGAAAUCGAUGAGAAAGAAUCAGAAAAGAAAAUAGUAGUGGAAUCAUCAACUGCUUCUGCAGUUCCAGAAAAUCCGGAUGUGUCGAGGGAUCUGCAAUCCACUCCUGCUGUAGCAGGUGAAGAAAUAUCUCCAGAAGAGAUCGCGACUGACGAGCCAGCAAUCAAGCAAGAAUCAGCAUCGCAAAUGAGAGAUCAAGAACUUUUGAAGGCUGGAAUCCUCCCAUCGAAAUACGUCUCAUCCUCGCCAUCACCAGGACUUAAAGGAAAACGCGGAGAGAACGAGGGAAAAGAUUUAGACUUCCUUGAAGGCAACCUACGGAAGAUGUUGCAGACCGAUGUUCCCUUUUUGGAUCUUCUCAGGAUUUUUGAUACGAUUGAAAAUGCAGUGGCAAAGGAAAAGGAAAAUCAAGGCGAAGAUCUGAUCACUGAUAGGAUUCAUCGGGCCAUCUAUGAGAAGCUCGAGCGAUUAGUCAAAGCGGAAACUCCGGAAAGAUUGACAGCACAUCUGAGGGAUGUUCUUGAUGUUCUAUCAGGAAAAAUAGCUCAAUGGGUCAGAAAUAUUCUAACGGAUUCUGAGAUGAUAUUUUUGAAUGAGAAUCCUCCGAUGGUUGAGUCUGGAGAGUUGAGGAACUUUGGAGAAUGGAUUGUGGAAAUGUCGGAAAGAGCUAAUAGUUGGACUGUUUGGAUGCAAAAUAUGAUCACUGAGUUGAUGAAGAUGCAGCCGAAUCAAGUGACGAGGGCCGAUUGGCAAAAUUGGACUAGAAAUUUUGCUGAGGAUGCACUCAAAUGGAGACGAUAUUAUUUGGAAUCUGUUCAUUAUGCUCAUCAUAAUCGCGCGAUGCUUGCAGGUCGAGAGGUCGUCAAAACUGGAGAGAUAAAAUAUUCUAAGUGGUCGAUUCAAGAAAAGGUCAUCGAAACGACUGAUUUUUUGACUGAUUAGAUCAUGGGUUUUGGGUUUUCGUAAAUUUUCAAAAAGUACAAAAUGAAACGGUUAAUUAAGAGGAAAAGUAAAUCAACAAAUUGUGUUUUUAUGAUUUUUCGUGGAUAAUUUCGUUCUAUUUGCUUUCAGAUGAACGAUCACUUUUGUUUAAAAAUUAUCGCAAUUUCAUAGUGAAAAUUAUAAGAUUCAAUAAGUAGAAUUUAAAAUCAUUCGCUAU